CAUUAUAUUUUAUUUUUGUUCCAGGUGGUUGCAGGCAAGCAAGUCUAUUCACUUUUCCACAAACUACCAGGCCACUGUCGCCAAGGUUGAGACUCUCAAAGACGAGAUGGACGAGGCCCUGAACAAAGUGGAGAUGUGUAAGGACCAGCUGUCUGCUGACAUGUAUAACUUCUCCUCCAAGGAGGGAGACUACGCCCGCUACUAUGUUAUUUUGGUAGAGGCCCAGGCUGACUACCACAGGAGGUCUCUGGCUGCUCUGGAAGGAGUCCUGCCGACCAUACAGGCACAGAACGACUCAUGGAUGGAGAAGCCUGCGUACGGCACGGCUCUGGAAGAGCACCUGAAGAGGAGUAACCGUGAGAUCGCCCUGCCCUUAGAGGCCUGUAUCAUGAUGCUCCUGGAGACUGGCAUGAAGGAGGAGGGUUUGUUCCGAAUCGCUGCUGGGGCCUCCAAACUAAAGAAGCUGAAGGCAGCCCUGGACUGUUCCACCUCCCAGUUAGAGGAGUUUUACUCCGACCCCCAUGCUGUAGCUGGAGCUCUGAAGUCCUACCUCAGAGAGCUGCCUGAACCCCUUAUGACCUUCGCACUGUAUGAUGAGUGGACACAAGCCUCCAAUGUGUCUGACCCAGACAGGAGACUUCAGGCUUUGUGGGUGGCAUGUGACGGUUUGCCAAAGAACCACAAGGCCAACUUUAGGUAUCUGGUAAAGUUCCUAGCCAAGCUGGCCCAGGACAGUGAGGUGAAUAAGAUGACUCCCAGUAACAUCGCCAUAGUGCUGGGACCCAACCUGCUCUGGUCCAAGACUGAGGGGACUCUGGCAGAGAUGGCUGCUGCUACCUCGGUCCAUGUGGUGGCCAUCAUAGAACCCAUCAUCCAGCACGCUGACUGGUUCUUCCCAGAUGACGUGGACUUUAACGUGUCGGGCAUGUUCGUGGCCAUGACCCCUGAACCUGACCCAGGCCCUUUCGAGAGGCGACGCCCCGGAAGCCUGGUGGACGGGGACACUCCCCGCAAAGACAGCCCCGCUCCUAACAAACUGGGUGACCCCACCCCCACCCCACGUAGAGCUGCCACUCUAAAUAGAAAACAGCACCAUCAUGCCUCUUCGCCCGCCUUCCAGCCCCCUCUACCACCGCCAGAGGCUGGAGGCGUCCCCCAGACCCAGCCUGUGGCUGAGCCCCAGACCCAGGAGCAAACUCUGUGUGGGAGUACGGAGGCUGGCCAGCCUGGCCUGGCUGGGGGUGGUGGUGGUGGUGGUAGUGGGGGUCAAGGUCAGGGUGGGGCACCAGAGGUCCAGGUGGCCACAGGGCAGCAGCCUCUGCCUCUUACCCAGCACAGCGCUGAGGAGAGCAGCCCUGGCCAUGACCCCACCUCCACCCCCCCUCCCCUGAGGAACGGGGGCUCCCAGCUCACCGUGGGGACGCCCCACUCCCAGGCAGGAUGCAGGGGUCCCAGCCCCCACAUUGGACGCAGAGGUACUAAGAAGCAAGCCCCUGCCCCACCCAAACAGGCCAACCCCUUUGUAGCUAAUGUCUCCACCCUUGGCCACAGUCCCGCGUCUAACAACCCCUACCCCCUCAUCGCUCCACGACGCCACUCUGGUAAAGAAACCCCCAUCCACGCCCCCAGCCACCCGCCCCCACAGCCCCCACAAGCCCCCCAGUCUCAGGGGGAGUCAGACCCCUCUCCGCCUCACACCCCCACACCCCCUAGCACCCCUCCUCACGAUGGUCCAACCUCCACCCCCUUCACCCCUCUAUCCUCCUUCCACUCUGGCUCCCUCCCUCGCCCCACCAGGCCGGCUCCGAAGCCACGCUCCCGACCUACAGUUCCCCCGCCCCGUCAGCCGCCCACCAAUGACGACAGCAACGGGACCUGCGGCUCCGCCUCCAAGGUCAUCACCGAUGCCAGCCUGAACUUGAAGGGGAUUGGCCGAGCCCUUAUCCCUGAAAUUACGGUGGGCAUACAAGGGGAGAGCUCUGCUGGUCAUGAGCCCGCCCCCUCUCCAACCCCACCCUCGGACCCUGAGAUCCAAUCAGAGAGCACCAGUCUGUGAAAGCGGGAGGGAUCACUCCAACUGACAUCACCAAAAAAACAUUCUGCCUCUGCCCAAUUGGUCAAUAUGCUAGCCAUUCGUCCAAUCGCCGUAGUCAGAGUCAGCUCUGAGCCUCUACAGACUGGACCAUACAAACUCCCUGUGCUCCAUCAAUCCAGUGAGCAAUAAUGUCUGCAACAAACAAUCCCUAGCCAACAUUACUCUCUACAACAAUACAGGGACUAGACAACCUUCUCUAGCUCCAAAAUCCAAACUCAACACUGUUGGCACCCACCCAACACCAACACCCUUCCAUAAACCAUCAACCCUGAACAGUAUUGGAACUGGACCACAGGAUCACCCCAUGUUCAUUGAACCUUCAACCUGCUAAACAUGAUAUAUAUAUAUAUAACCACUGAACUCCAAUGCUGGCGAAGCUGUAAUGUUAUGACCCAGUACCUGGAAGCAUCUGAUGCAAAUCUGAAUAUACUGUUUCAUCGUUGAUCUUUGGAUCCAUUGUAGAAUGCUGACAUUGAAUUGGGGCUGGGUGGGAGGCUAAGCUUGUAAACCUAUAAGCUCAGAACUAGUAUGUUUGUAUUAUGCAGCUUUCCUCCCUGUGGUACAUUGUAUGGUGGUUGUAGGAAUGUUUUUUUGAAUGGAAAUUGCUCAUUUGUAUACAUGUCCUCAAUGCAUUACCUAAGAUUGUCUACAAAACUGCAAUUUUGCCCCAUUUGAGAACUUUCUUUAAUGGUUUUUAAUGGGCCAAAUAAUACAAAUGUAAUGCAGAAAGUGCUAUUGAUGAGCAAAUAUACAUGGUGAGCCCAAAGAAUCCUAUAAAGUGCCCUACUUGAUUUGAUGAGAGCUCAAGGACCAAAGAUGCCAGUUGAUUAAUAACUACAUUUGGUGAGUGUGCUGCUUUGUGUUUCUAAUAUAAAUGUUUUAAUAAAUAGUUGCCAAGGACCAAAUAAGUAUCAGUGAGGAGUGCAAUUGAAGUAACUGGAUUUGUUUCAUAGUGUGCCUUCUCCACUCCCAAUAUUCACCCUGUUUCAUUCGUUUCAUAGUGUGCCUUCUCCACUCCCAAUAUUCACCCUGUUUCAUUUGUUUCAUAGUGUGCCUUCUCCACUCCCAAUAUUCACCCUGUUUCAUUCGUUUCAUAGUGUGCCUUCUCCACUCCCAAUAUUCACCCUGUUUCAUUCGUUUCAUAGUGUGCCUUCUCCACUCCCAAUAUUCACCCUGUUUCAUUCGUUGUUUUUAACCUGUCUUACCUCAAUAUACUAUAGGACCGAGUUUUAUUCAACCCCAAUCAAACCAUGUGAUACAUUGUUAUUGACAGAGCUGAAUUCAAACAAAAUAGUCACCCCUGCCAAAAAGGUGUAUACCAGUCACAGAUUUCCCCUUUAAAAAAAAAGUGAUGGAUUGGACAUUUCCUGCCACAGAUUUUUUAUUUGAGAAGUUAUUUGUUUUGAUAUCCAUUUUGAUUUAAUUUAGCUCAGGAAAUGGACAAGCAACAACCCAACAGAACAAUAUCCCAGGUUUUAUUUUAUGAUUACUAUUCAAAUUAAGGAUAUUAUGUUGACAAUCUUUAGUGGGUAACUUGGCUUGUCACUAUGCUUUCGAUUAUUGCCUUUUGUUUCACUACAUUGCACGUUUUGAAUGUGAUUUGCGUAGCUUUUUUUCUGCCCGUGUCUUUUCAACCUGAACAAAGAUUUUCGAUAAUGAGUGAAUGGAACCUCCACUGUUUGUUCAUAUUAAAGGAAAAUAGUUUUGGGUAUUAUUACUCCAAAUAAAGAAAACAAAACAUGACUUAAAA